UCCUCCUGACAAUGAAGAACACUUUGGUGUAGUGAAGAGAGUGAAGACAAACAUGGAAGAGCUCAGCGCCGUCGGGGAGCAGGUCUACGACGCCGAGUGCAUCCUGAACAAGCGGCUGAAGAAGGGAAAGUUGGAGUUCCUUGUGAAGUGGAGGGGAUGGUCAUCCAAGGACAACAGCUGGGAGCCUCAGAAAAACAUCCUUGACCCCCGACUGCUGGCUGCGUUCAACAAGAAAGAGCAGGAGAAGGAGCAGAUCAUGCGCAAGAAAGGGAAACGACCCAGGGGAAGGCCACGGAAAGUUGUUGAGAUCAACGCUGAGGCCACCAAGUCGUCCAGCUCUUCUUCAGGCUCCUCGUCUUCAUCCUCGGACUCCUCCUCGUGUUCCUCCUCUUCCUCCUCCUCCUCCGAGGACGACGAUGACGAUGAUGACGGCGCCAAACAGGUGAGCCCCGGCGUCCGGACGCGAGAGCUUCACCCGGGGCCUCAGAAGAAGGCCCAGAUCGUCGUGGCCAAGCAGGAGCCCCCUAAGAAACGGGGUCGGAAACCCCAGGCCUCCCCGGAGCUCCGGACCUUCCAGCCGAUCAAGGGCCUCCGCAAGAUCGCCUCCAGGGAACCCAUGGCGAUAGAGCCGCCGGGCGCCAUCAGGAAGCCUGCACACCCGGCCGGCUUCUCCUUCCCGGGCUACCCGAGGGCUUCCCCCAGGGAACAGCUUGGUGGAGCGAACAGGGGCGCCCUCAGUCCAGCCGGGGCCGGUCAGACCCCCACAAGCCCCCUGGGGUUGGCGGGCAGGGCGGCCCAGCCCGCCUCUCCGUCCCUGAACCGAUCAGGCCAGAACAGGAACAGCGCCGACGCUAAACUGUCCGUCUCCGUUGCGAGCGGCGUGCCGGUUCUGGCCGGGAAUAAAUCCAAAGGAGUGGCCUCUUUGAGCGUCAACGCCCCCAAGCGGGCGCCACAAGGCUCGGCGCAGCCCCCUCUGGGCUCUCCCCUCAGACAGAGGAAGCCCGACGCCCCCGCGUCGCCAGCUCUACAACGGCUCCAGGCCGGCAAAGCCUCGUCCUCGUUUAACGGCCAAGCCAACAGCCUCCAGCCUCUGAACCUCCAGAGCGGCCGCAAACCGCCGCUGGGGGGAAGCAGCGCUCCAGAGGCCGCGACCGUUCCCGCACAGGGCCUCAGGAACGCCUCGACCCCAGGGGGCAAGCCUGUGGCCGGGCAGCGGCAGGAGCCCGGCUGCGCCCAGACCCCCGUCUCCCCGGCCGGGUCGCUGCCCCGCAAGAGCCAGCCCGGGGCGGCCCAGGUGAGGCCGAGGGGCGAGGCGGGCUCCAACGGAGGGGAGAGGCUCGCCGGCCGGGCCCAGAGCAGGACGGACAAGGGGGACGCGCAGAAAACGGAAACGGUGGCGGCGGCGACGACUGUUCAGGGUAAACGGGACGCGACCGCCGCCGCCAAAGACGGCGGCGGCGGCAAGCAGCCCAAGAGCGGCACGAGCACGGGGGAGGAGGGCAGCAGCUCGGACUCGGACCAGGACUCGUGUUUCCCGGGCAGCGGCCAGCAGGACCUCUCCAUCUCGCUCCAGAGCAGCCAGGAGUGGAAGCCCACGCGCAGCCUGAUAGAACACGUGUUUGUCACGGACGUCACGGCCAACCUGGUCACCGUCACGGUGAAGGAGUCCCCCACCAGCGUGGGCUUCUUCAACAUGAGGAACUACUGAGGCGAGGCACCCACCUUCUGACCUCAAGAAGGUCCCCUCACUUAGACCUCCGAAAUCUGCCUUGUGGGGGGGGGGCGACGCUGAAGCACUGUACAUUUUUAGUGUUGAUAUACACCGAGGGCUGCGGUAAUGCUAAUCCUGUAAACAUUUAACAUUUGUGUAGGUUUGUGGAGUGUUUAUUAAGACCAGCUACCGUCGGGCUAGGCUGUAGCAAUGCUUUCUCUUUCUAGCCGUUCUCCAUCUCUCUCUCUCUCUCUCUCUCAAUAAAUAUUCUUGACGGAUGUUUAAAGGAAAACAUCUUGUAGGGCAACUUGUGUACUUUUAACCUAGACCUUUUUGUUUUUAUAUCAUUUGGAGUCAAACAGACUUAAAGGGAUCUAAAUCCUUUCUUUUUUUACUAAGACCUGUCUUAGCAGACGAGCUCUAACUAGCUGUUGCAAGACAGAGCUGCACUACAAGACAGCAGAUCAGGCUGAGACCGACCGCACGCUGGCAUUCUAGCAUCGACUCCAAAAGUCUGCGCUCUGAGUUUUUGGCUGUACGAAAGUCGAUAACCACAGUAUGCAGAUAAUAGUCACGGCAACGGUGUACGGUGCGAUUACAGUAAUCAAGCAAUUGGCUGCUGUGGUGGUUGUAAUAUUGUCACAACUGCAGUGGAGUGCUACAGAGGAAUGAUAAAGAAGAGCAUUGGGGAGACGGCAGUUUGUUCGCUCAAACACAGGCGUGGCCAGUUGGCAGAUGAAGGCUUCCCACUGCGAGGCGUCCGUGUUCAUUCUGGGACUGUGAUCAGUGUGGAUGAUGGUAGGUUAAGGGAGGUGACUACCUGAAUUACUACGUGGAGUUUAUCAUGUACGAAAUUAUAUAUUUUUUGUGAAAUUUGUUUACUCCUUGGGCUGCAGUGCCAGAGUGGGAACUUCCGCCCACGACAUCCGUGUAUUUUGUUGUGGGUCAGUAGGAAUUUCAGUUAGGCAUAAUGGCCUGGGAGAACAUGCAGAGGAAGAGAUUCCACACAAUGAAGACCACAACAAGGCCCAAUCCUAGUGUAACUGUAUAUAUUCUGUUAAUAGCUGGAACACCAUCUGAGGACACCAGUCAUAUGCUUUUUUUUAUUUUUGUGGUGUAAUAAUUUAUUUAAGUUUAUGAGCCAAAAUGGCCAACAGAAAAUGUAUUGGUCAUCACCAAGCAUUUUUGAAGUCCCCCCCCCCUCCUUCCGACUUGUUCGUUAUAAACUUAAUGUAUUUGACUGUUCCCUUAUCAAAUUCCCAAAUACUACUGCAGAUGAUUGGUUAAAUGUAUGUAUGGACUGCGAGAUAGUCCAACGACAAUAAUUCUUUUUUUUCAUCCAUUCCAGCGACUUUCUCUGCUUUCUUCUGGCUUUAGAUGUACUCUGCUCUCGUUCCAGCAGAGAACCUCCAGCAAUCAUGAUAUAUUUUCUAAACUUGAAACCCUUUUUUUUUUAUCGAAGAGAGUAAAAAAAAAGAAAACAUAGUUACUAUAGAAAGCAUACGCGUUGUGGAUGCAUGCCCUUAUCUUGUCUUGUUGCUUCAAAAAGAGAGUUGAGAUUCCUCUGUGCAGCCAGCAGAGAUAAAAAAUAAAAAAAGAAGGUAGUUUCACUCAUGGGGAGAGUGAGAUAAAGUAUCUGCGGUUCACCCCCGAGUGUAACCUGAUAAGACGUGGUACUGGCCGAAUUUAACACACACACACACACACACACACACACACACACACACACACACACACACACACACACACACACACACACACACACACCUCUGUGUUGACUAUCUUCUAGUAAAAGUGGUAAUAUUCCGGAACAAAGGCGGGGGAUGGGAGGAAGUGAGGGUGGACCCCCAGGGAGUUUAUAUCAGGCCUAAUCAGAGAGACAUUAAGAACUAAUUGGGCUCCUUUUGGAUUUGACAUCCAAAAACACGCAACAAACCCAAAGAAACGGUUCCCACGACAUCUUCCAACCUGAGUAAAAUUAAUAAUGGCAAACCCUAAAGAUGUUUUUUGUUACGUUUGCCAACCGAUUUGGGCACUUCGACACCGGUUGGUAAGUGAACCACGGUUCCUCUCACCAUGGUGUUUGCGUCGUAGAUGCAGCAUGACAGAAACCACAGUAGCGCCGGUGUACUCCUUGUUGAGGGGGAUUCUGCGACAAAGCCCCUGCCUCUGAACUCUAAUCCUCCCAAGCUCUCUGUGGCUUUCUCUCCCUCCUCAAAGCCAACGAUACAAAAGGAGUAAACUCCCAAAGAAAGCUCAGAUUUCAGCUUCCCCACGUUAAGGGGAACACACCGGGCCGGCGGGGCGGUGAAUUCCCCUUUACUGUUCGUUCACUUGAACUAACACUGCAAAUCAGAGGGGAGCGACGCUGCGGAAACUGGUGGUGGUGGAGAGACGGUUGGGGGUUGUUACAGGUGGUUGGCUUUCAAGGCCAGACACUGAAGGGUGAGGGAGCGAGUUGAGGCCGUGUUUAUGUGUUUGUCAUCCGUUUGAAGUGCAGUCAAGUACUCUCUGAGAAGUACCCUCUCUGUCUGUGUAAAGCAUCAGAGCGUUGAUUUCAAGGUUGGAUGGCAAGGUGGCAUGAGGGUUGUUGGAGUGCAUUUUGUUUCAGGGAUAAAAAAAAAAAUGACCCGUGUUCAAUUCCCCGAGAUAGUUGGAUGGUUUGUCUUCUGUACCGCUGUACCUCCUGAAGUGCUUUUAAGCAACACGCUGUCAAACCCCAAAAUAAAUCUUCUGCAAAGGGUUGGGGGAUGCUGGACACAUUGGACUAUCACACCCCCGUUCUCAGGCAUCUCGUCUGGUUUUCAGAAACACAAAUUGUUUUGAUUCCUACUAUCAUGAAGUGCUAUGUUCGACUGAAUAUUUGAGCUGUCAAUAUAUUUUUGUAAUGGAUAUUAAUCAUCUCUGAAGGCUAUUGUGUAUUUUAAAGAAUGUUCAUGUACUAACCAUCUCAAUGUUAUUUUUUUCCUUCCAAAACUAUUUAUUUCAAAGAGUCUGUCAGGGUAGGCUUUUGUUGACUCCUUUUGAUAGAUGUGCUGUGUCACCUUUUUUUUCCAUAUGCUAUACUAAUAAAUAGUACUACUGUGUGUAUUUUUGUACGUUA